CUUAACUCAAUGCUCGUGGAGUUUGUGCUAGUACAAAUAAACAUAACUGCUUAUUUGGACGUAGCUAGCUAUUUUUCAGUGAAAGUGAGACUCAUGACUGAAGUGGUGGGCUGUGAGUGACGGACUUUGAAACUCAAUCUCUCAUGAUUCCGUAGUACCGGAAUUGACCGUGUGUGACGAGGUGUGAAGGAAGGAGUCAGGCGCAGGAGGCUCUGGGUCCUGAGUUUAUCAGGAUGGCUGACGAACCCUGUGUAGUUCUGGAGCUGCCCGGAUCCAUAGUGUCUAAAAAGGGCAGGUCUUGUUCGUCCCAGAGAGAGGUCAGUGUGGUGUUGCCCAGUGGUCAGUCUGUAUUGGUCAAGAGUGACAUAAAGUCCAGAGGGAGGGACGUGUUCGACAUGGUGGUGGCUCACGCUAACCUGGUAGAGCACUUUUACUUCGGACUGGCCUUCAUCGAUGAUGAUGAAUAUUUUUUCCUGGACCACGAGAUUAAAAUCUCCAAAAUUGCUCCUGACAGUUGGAAAAAAGUACUGUCGACCUCUUUUCUUGUUUUUCUUCGGGUCAGAUUUUCCGUUGACGACAUCUCUUUCAUAUUACACAGGCUGACGCGUCACCAGUACUACUUGCAGCUGCAGCAGGAUAUCCUAGAGGACCCGUUGUACUGCAACGAGGAGACGGGCAUGUUCCUGGCGGCUCUUGCUCUACAGGCAGAGUUUGGGGACUACAUGUCUGAGAUAAACGGAAUGAAUCACUGUCUCAGAAACAGAAUUUUCCUUCAGCGUUUUUUCCCCAAAAUAUUUUCUUUAAUGAUCUACAUAAUAGAUUAGGUUCUCCAUAAAAUCCUGAGAGAUUGUAUGGCUCAUAAUCAUUCUUCCAGCCAAAGCAGUAUGUUUAUGAGGAAGUAGUAUAUAUCAUUGAUAGACCUGUUAUAUCUGUCCAGUACUACAUUAAUGGCAGUAUAUCUUAUUGACAGACCUGGAUCGUGUUCAGUAUAGCACACCGUACCAAAACAUUUUGAAACAGAAACUAAAAUUAAGUCAAGGUAGUCCCUCCCUGUUUCAGUUAGUUUUCUUCAGUUUGGUACCUAUUGAAUGCAAUCCUGUUAUAUCUGUAUGGUAAAGACUACUACAUUAGUGGCAGUAUAUGUCAUUGACAGGCCUGUUUCUCUGUUCAGUUGUAUGGUAGGAACUACUACCAGCCGGAGCAGUAUGUGUCUAAGAGAACGCUGGAGAAGAUGUCUCUGCCCACUCUAAAGGAGGAGUUGCCACGGUUCCACGCUAACAAUGCCCAGAUGCUGCCCAAGGAGGCCAAGACCGAGUACCUAAAAAUCGCUCAGCAGCUUCCAGAGUAGGGAUGGUGUUCCAUCGGGUAGGCCGGGAGAAGAAGCCCAUGGUGGGGGAGCUGGUGCUGGGAGUCUGUGCCACUGGAAUCAUCGUCUAUGAGCUGAAGAACCACCUCCGUACCGUCACACAGCGAUUCCUCUGGAGGGAGACGGAUACCAUCUCCGCCAAUGCUCUGGGUCCUGAGUUUAUCAGGAUGGCUGACGAACCCUGUGUAGUUCUGGAGCUGCCCGGAUCCAUAGUGUCUAAAAAGGGCAGGUCUUGUUCGUCCCAGAGAGAGGUCAGUGUGGUGUUGCCCAGUGGUCAGUCUGUAUUGGUCAAGUGUGACAUAAAGUCCAGAGGGAGGGACAUGUUCGACAUGGUGGUGGCUCACGCUAACCUGGUAGAGCACUUUUACUUCGGACUGGCCUUCAUCGAUGAUGAGAACGUUGAGAAGGACCAGUCUAUCUGUCGGACGUGUGACUCCCAUAAGAAGCGUCGUUCAUGUUCCGAGGUCGUCCUGAACAGUGUAGAGAUACCGCCCAACCUCGGCCAACGUGAGUCGCUAAGUAUGUCGUGUGAUGAAAUAACAGCGAAGGUGGAGGCGCGUCUACAGCAACAGAGAGAGUUGAGAGAAAUCAACAGAGAUCUAUCCGAGCCAUGCCCACUGUCAGAGAUGAAGGAACAGGCCUGGAGGUAA